AUGGUAGACUUCUUCAUACCAGCAAACUUCAAACAUGUCAUAGCAGCUGUUAAAGUUGUAUCUGGUUACGAUGAAGAGAAACACUCCUACCGCAUUCCUUCUUUAGCUCUCAAACUUGGGCAUUCUUUAAACAAGAUCUGUAGCAUUGUUGAGAGCAAUGCCAUGAUGUAUGGAGAUCAUGAUCGUGCUGAGUGUGCCCGAGACUUCAGGAAAAUACACCAGGCAAGGUGGAAUGAGUACAUUUCUGCUGGUGCUAUAACUACAUUGAAAGAAGCUAAGUGGAACACACCACAGACCAUUCCUUUCACUCAGGAUGUAAAAGUCCUGCACGCACAUCUUGAAAAGAAACACAAUGGGCUCCUAAGUAAGCUCAAAACUUGCCCUUCUGCUGACAGCUACGCUGCUCUAGCCAAGGUCACACUGUCCCAGGUCAUCCUGUUCAACCGAAGGAGAGAAGGUGAGGUAUCCCGGAUGCUUUUGUCAGCUUUUAAAAGUAGGGACUCUUCUGAGCUACACGAAGACAUUGCCAUCUGUCUGUCUGAGUUUGAGAGGAAGCUGUGUCUGCACUUCACAAGAGUUGAGAUCCGGGGUAAACGAGGCAGAAAGGUUCCUGUGCUCCUCAAGCCUUCCAUGGUUUCUGCCAUGGAGCUGCUUAUUGAAACACGGGAGCUUUGUGGUGUUCCAGCAGAGAAUCCCUUUAUGUUUGCCAGAUGUGGAGCAAUGUCAGCCUACAGAGGUGGAGAGUGCAUCAACAAAGCUGCUUGUGAAUGUGGCAUAAAGAACCCUGAAGCACUGUCAUCAACUAGGCUCAGGAAACACAUAGCAACCAUGUCUAAAAUUCUUAACCUUGAUGAGAAUGAAGCAGACCAACUGGCUGAUUUCCUUGGUCACGAUAUCAGAAUUCACAGACAGUAUUACCGGUUACCAGAGGGAACACUGCAGCUGGCAAAAAUGAGUAAAGUCCUAAUGGCCAUGGAGAAAGGAACACUGUCUGACUACAAAGGAAAGAAACUUGAUGACAUUGAAAUCGACCCAAAUGAGCAACUUGAGGCUCAAGGUGAUUCCAUGUCAAGUGAUGAGGAGGACUACACUGACCUAUCUCAGACAACAGCACCAGCAGAGACUGAUCAACCUGUUCCAUCUAAUCAAUCUGUUUCAGAGGUGGAUCAAGGUUCUUCUAACGCUCCAAAAAAGAAAUGGGAGGACAGUGAGGUAAAAGCUGUUGAGAGACACAUGAUGAAGUUCAUCAAGACAUGCAAAGUUCCUGGUAAGCAAGACUGUGAAAGAUGCAUUCACGCAGAGCCAGAAGCUUUGAAGCAGAGAACAUGGACUGGUGUGAAAAAUUAUGUGCGGAACAGGAUCACGACUCUUAAAAGAAAGGGUGGUUUGUAGGGAGCCACAAAACACUUCAACACUUUGCACAUUAUGCACUUUUUUUAAUAAAUUGUGCUAAAUUAAAAGAAAUGAGGAUAAAGGUUUAGAAAUAUUCUGAGGAUGGAUUGAAGCCAAAUAUAAAGUGAAAAGUUAGAGUAUAAGACAGCUAAGAAAUAGAGGAUAGUCGAUUUUCAUUAUUCAGUUUUCUUUGUUCAGUUGCAAUGAAGUUGGAUGGAAUGUCAUGUUAAACUUUUUGAUAUUUCUGUUAUAGAGGAAGGAGAGAAUGUAAAGAAUAUGUUAAAAUUAUGUGCAGAACAGGAUCACGACUCCUAAAAGAAAGGGUGGUUUGUAGGGAGCCACACACAAUUUGCACAUUAUGCUCUUUUUAUAAGAAAUUGAGCUAAAUUAAAAGAAAUGAGGAUAAAGGUGUAGAAAUAUUCUGAGGAUGGAAUGAAACCAAAUAUAAAGUGAAAAGUUAGAGUAUAAGAAAUCUAAUGAAGAAGUAGAGGAUAGUUGAUUUUUAUUAUUCAGUUUUCUUUGUUCAGUUGCAAUGAAGUUGGAUGGAAUGUCAUGUUAAACUUUUUGAUAUUUCUGUUAUAGAGGGAGGAGAGAAUGUUAUGAUGAUAAAGUGAAGAGUGAAUAGCUGUGUUGGAGACGUGCUGUGGCUGGAUGUAACCAAUCGGUAAGUGUCGCCGUGUGGAGGCGGGAGGAGCUGAGAACUGAGACGUAAGUCUGACACUUUCUGCUUGCCGUAGUGACACAGAGCCAGAAGCUUUAAAGCAGCAAACAUGCACUGGUGUGAAAAAUUAUGUGCAGAACAGGAUUACGACUCCUAAAAGAAAGGGUGGUUUGUAGGGAGCCACAAAUGCUUUGCACAUUAUGCUCUUUUUAUUAGAAAUUGAGCUAAAUUAAAAGAAAAUGAGGAUAAAGGUGUAGAAAUUAAAAUUAAGAGACGCUCAGGCAGUGUUUGCAUACUUUACCACAGCUGAAGUGGAAUAAAUGCAUUAUUUGCCAAAUACACAGAUAUUUCAAAGACUUUUUGAUUCAAUACAUGUACUGCUUAA